UUGUUUAUGCUCGAUGGGUUCAUACUAUUUGUGAAGUUAAAAAUACGAAUAUGCGAAAGUCCGGAAAAAAAAUUAAAUCCGACAGGAUAAAUACACUACGGAAGAAAUACGAUGCUUUUCUUGAAGAUGAUAAGAAGCGAAAAGAUAGAAACGAAUUUAUUUUAAGGCGCCUGGAAGAAAUGCGCUCAACUUCAGCUUUGGUUCAAAUACGUCACAAGGAUAAUGGGCACCUAAAUGAAAAUAUCUAUACUAGCCGACGAGUGCCACGAUUGGAAGACAAUCUUAGAACUUUCAAGAGUUCAGCAAAUAUCCCUAUUAAUUACAGCUUACAGCGAUUUGAUACUUCAAUAUUAAAAGAAAUAAGUAAAAGCUUUAUACUUAUUCCAAAACUUCAACCAAAUAUUUCAAAUAGCGUAACAUAUCUCAAUCCUUUAACUGAAAAACCUGAUAUGAUAAAAAACGAGGAAACUGACUGGAAGAGCAAGUAUGAUAUAUUAAACGAACUAAAGAAAAGUGAAAAAGAAGGUAAUUCUGAAAACGUUAAUGUAAUUUAUAAAGAAUCUAAUAAACCAUUUGUUUCGUCUUCGGAACCAUUACUUAAACAGGAAAGACAAAUACACGAAGAUAAAACACCUUCAGAUUCUUUACACAAUUAUAAUACAUCGAUUGAUGAUACACAAACUGGUAAACAAAAUUCAAUUAGUGUCGAAAACGACACAAACCCAACAAACACAAGUCGAGAUUUUAAUGCCAAUGGUAAAGAAGAUGAUAUUGAUGAUAAAACAGAGAAUAAAAUUUGCAGCAAACCUACUGUCCUUAGCACAGAAUUGAAUAAAAAUAAUCAAUAUGCAACUUAUGUUGAUAAUAUACAUGAAUUGGAAUCUUCUCGACAGAAGUUUCCUGAGCACAAACCCAAAAUAAUAACCAAUAUGGAAGUUCACAAUAAUGUUGCUAAUAAUGAUGCACCUCAAGAUUUUAUAAAUGCAGAAUAUACGAAUAAAGUAGACAAUGAAAGCGAAUACAAAGAAAAAAGUGACCAAGAUAAGUGUAAUAAUGAAAUAAUGCAACAUCAUAAAUCAAAUGAUUUUUCUGAAAAAAGUGUCCGAGAGAAAGGUAUUCGAAUCAAAGAAGAAAUACAGGAAGAUAUCAAAGGUGAUAUAGUAAUUGUAUCGAAUGAAAAUAACCUUCAAAACUAUGAAACAAAUGAAGCUCCUGUAAUAAUUGAACAAAAUGCGAAUGCAGAAGUAAGUGAACUAAAAAACGAACAGAAUGAAAUGUUUUAUGCUGAAAAUCCUGAAAAUAAAUAUAACUAUGAUGAACAUAAUAUGGAAAAUCUACAGUAUCCUGAAGAAAAUCAAAACUAUACUGAUGAACAAUAUUCUUAUCAUGAUGAAUCACAGCAAGAACAGACAUACACUGCUGAAAUUAACGAACACGAGGAAUCGACAGAACGUUACGACCCUAACUUUAAACAACAAUAUACUGGUAAUUAUGAAAACGUAAUCGAUGUUCCUCAGUAUGAAAAUCAGCAAUAUGAAGUUGAUAAUUCUUAUGAAAUUCAACAAAAUGUAGUAACAGCAAAUGUAAACUACGACGAGGUACUGCAGAAUAAUGAAAAUAUUGAACUCGUGCCGUCAGAGGAUCUUUACCAGAAUCCAGAAGAAAAUCUUUAUAACUACAGUAACGAAAAUUAUGAAUCUCAACAAUAUGCUACUAACGAACAGCAGGAAUAUGUAACGACAGAUACUAAUGUUCAAGAUCAAUAUGCGGUGGAGCAAGAAUACGUUGGAAUUCAUACUGAACAAGAUACUUCUGAACAUACGGAAAAAGUACCAGAUUUAGAAAAUGGGUUUGUAGAUAACGAGAACACCAUUUUAACAAAUAACAAAGAAAGUCCAAUUGUUCCAGAUGUCUCACUUGAUAAGACAGAGUCUUCUGAAGUCUCAUAAAAAUGAAUAAUUUUUUUGUUAGUUAAUUCCUUAAAUAUGUGAUUUCUUGUUUUUUAAUGCAAAUAUUAUAAAAAAAUAAGUAGUUACUAUAAUCUUGCUUAAUAGUUCUUUUGAAUUAAACAAAUAAAUAUUUAUUAUGUUUA